UGAAUUUUUGAUCAAGAAGUAACGACAAUUUUGGUGCCUCUUAAAAAAAAAAGCAAAAAUACUAAAAAGACAAAAAAACAAAAUAGCUUAGCUAAAUUCAAAAAAAAAUUAACUCAAAACAGUUUCAAAAGUUUAGAUUUUUUUUUGACAUUAUUUUGUAAAUUUUAAAUAUUUUCAAAGAAACAAAAAAAGAUGCCCACAACCAGUGAAUCCCUUAAAAAGGUUGUCAACAUCAUAACACCACCCUCGGCCUCCGACUCUAAAAACUCUGAUGCUGGUGCCCAGGAUUCUCGACCCUCGCCCAGUGCCUCAAGUCGAAACUAUUCACCACCACGUCGUACUUUGCAUGGCGACGAUGUGCUUUUUCCAGAGCCUACUUUUUCUGAGAAAUUUAUGCGCUAUCUAACGAUUGCCAUCUAUUUGGGUGGUCUCAGCAGUUUGGGUUUCUUUCUCUCCAUCUACUACAUCUUUUUUUGGGAUUCUCGCAUGCCCCCGGUUUACAAGCCCACCAAAAAACCACCUCCGGUCUUUAUGAAGCCUUAAGGAGGUAAUAGCUGUGCUGCAAAAAUUGACCAGAGUAAAGAAGAGAUAACGAUAUACCCACCCCCAGAUUUUGAUUUCAAUUGUUUAAGAUAAUCAUGCAAAAAGGACAAAACAAAAACCAU